CUUCCGGUAAAACCCCACGUUUUGGUACUGUAGAAAUUUGUAAAAGUCAUGUCGGGGGUUUCACCAAACGGUGAAGAAAUUGAUGAACAUUUGAAGAAGUUUCUGGAACAACAUGCAAAUCAGCUUCAAGCCUCAGGAGUUCCAAGUAUAUAUUGGCAGUCUCUCUUCGUCAAACUGAAAGAAGACAUUUAUGAUGCAGGAGAAUCUUUCAAGAUGCUGUGUUAUGAAAUGGAGAGUGAUGAUGAAGAGACAGACGAGACCAAAGAUGUUGGAGAUGAUGGAGAAGAAGAAAUACCUAAUUACAAAUGGAUGAUAGAAGCGACAAAAGAUGUUCAGAAAGAUGACUCAAACAGUAUAUUUUUGAUAGACCAUGCCUGGUCCUACAGACUGGAGGAAGCUAGACAACACUUACAGACCAUUCCGGGUCUGCUGCAGAGGAUGGCAUCUCUCAUGGCUGUCAGUGUCAACGGAAGGUCAAAUCCACAAAUAGAGGACGACAUCUUAACAGAAAUGUGGAAAUUUAACCAGACAUACAGUUUUGGAAAUUUUGAAAGGGGGGACAAGAAUGCCAUGCCUGUUUGGUACGUCAUGGAUGAGUUUGGUUCAAGAAUACAGCACUCUGAGUCAUCAAACUGCCGGACAGUGCCGUUUUUCUGGACAACAACAAAGAUGGCCUACACGUUGAUGUGGCUCACAGAGGAUGUUGAGAAUGGAGAUGAAAUAACAAGAGAUUAUAUUGAAAAUGAGGAAGAUGGUGAUAUAAAGAAAGCUCGACUGUUAGCAUGGGAGCCAUGUGACAUGAAAGCCGUCAGUUAUAAACAGGAAGAACCAGAAAUGGAGUACUUUGUAAAAUACUCCAUGACAGGAACCUCCCCUAACUUUGACAAGCCUUUCCCCGGGCUGCCCAAGGACAGGAAUGUGCGUAUAUUUGUGGAGUAUAGCUCUCUGAAGGACCAUCUCACAGACAAGCGAUUCGAGAUUGUGGAAACAGAAGAAGAAGCAGAUGUCAUUUGGACAUUUAAGUCCUGGAAAGACUUCAAGAAGCUGAGUGAAGAAAUGCCUGGGAAGAUGAUAAACCAGUUUCCAUCUGAGUCUGUUAUGACAGUGAAGGAUCUGCUGGCGGUGGUGUGUCGCAGAGUGAGUAAGGAAGAGGAGGAUCCCGACACAUUGGAGCGUAAUCCUGACUGGCUCCCUAUCACAUACAACCUCAAAACAGAACUCCACAAAUUUGCUUCCUACUUUCAGCAUCGAGAGGAAAAAGGAUUGGACAACCACUGGAUCUGUAAGCCUUGGAAUCUAGCCAGGGGUUUAGAUAUGCACAUCACCAAUAACAUCAACUACAUAACACGCCUCCCUGACUCUGGACCAAAGGUAGCCUGUAAAUAUGUGGAGGAUCCUGUGCUGUUUUUCCGUGAGGAGGUUGGCAACGUGAAGUUUGAUAUCCGUUAUGUUGUGCUGCUUUCCAGUGUGAAACCACUCAAGCUGUUUGUAUACCGGGUAUUCUGGCUUAGAUUCGCUAACAAACCUUUUUCCAUGGACCACUUUGAUGAAUAUGAGAAACACUUCACUGUUAUGAAUUAUGUAGAAGGUGGGAUCAACCUGAAGCAGAUCCAUUACGACGACUUUAUCCCGAUGUUUGAAGCCCAGUACCCAGCCUUCGCUUGGGAUGGAGUUGAGGAGAGCAUAUUCCAGAUGCUACGUGAGAUGUUCGAGGGAGCCACUGCCCUACCUGCACCCCAAGGGAUCGGUCAUAACCCUCAGUCACGGGCAAUGUAUGCUGUUGACUUACUGCUGAGGUGGUCUACAGACAAAAAUGGUGUAAAAGUGAUUCGUCCUGUGUUGUGUGAAGUAAACUUUAUGCCAGACUGUGAUAGGGCGGUGAAAUAUCACCCAUUUUUCUCAAACGAUGUGUUUAGUACACUCUUCCUGGAUGAUCCUGAGAGCAAGUAUGUCACACAGCUUCUCUAAGACUCGGCUUGUAGUAGAAUUCAAAAUGGAGGGCAAUUAAACUGAAGAAGCUGCAAUACCCACACUUUUUCUGGGAAGCUGGAUUGUAAUCUUGUCAGAAGUGAACCAUGAGAAAUAUUAAAAAUUGUUUCAAAUGUCAAACAGCAGGCAAAUACACUUCCAGAAUCAGAGAAGGAACCUGUGCUUGAUUGGCUUCUGUAAGAUCCUCGUGAUCAGUUAACUAGGCCGCUUUCCUUUAUCACAAUCCAAACAGUUGGACCAGAGUUGUUCAUUUAUGAAAUAAGGUGGGACUCAGUAAUCUGAUGUUGCUUUCAGGCGAGCCUUGACAAAGCCUUGCAAGGCCUGCAUAAACAUGUCCAUACCUGCAAGGAUUUAUACCCAAAAAUGUUACAUUUAAAAACAGGCAAACCAGUUGUUCCCCGUAAACAAACAGUACAAAAUUGUAUAUGUAUAUGUAUAUAUCCCUCUCUGAUGUCAGAGGGAACACAUAAUCUGGUAAUGGUGUUAUCGCUGUUUGUAGUUCAAGGGAGGUUACUGUGAUAGGUACAUGUAAGAUGUUCUGUGCAUAAUACACAAUGAAAAUAGGAUAGGAGAGAAACUUUAGCCAACCUCAGAUCUCUCUUAAAUGUUGAUUGUUAAAACUAUGUGUUUCUUUAUAUAGUAUAACCUGUUAAUAACAGAACCUCUCUGCUUAAGUAACUUGUACAAAGUUUUAUCAGAUCAAUUUCUUAUUAUGGUAAAAUUUGAAAUCAGUAAGUGAACAUAAAUGAAAUAUGUGUGUCUUAAAAAUUAAAAUAGUCACAUUUAGUUUAUAAACAUCAUACAAAAAUGUUAC